AUGAGACAAGCAGCCGUAGGCGAACCAGACAACCUCCUGGCUUCCCCUAUUGUCUCCUGGUCCAGCGUACAGCACUGGCGAAGAGCGCUGUCCCCCUCAACAGAACAUCCAGUACAUCCGUGGAAUGGGACAGUCUCCCGAGCGGCCGGCGUGUCUCUCAUCGUGGAUUGGCGGCAGACGGAGCAGAUCGAUGCCACUCUCGCCUCUGUGCACGCCACCAAUGAUCUGGCGUUUGUCCUAUUGGAAUUUCCAAACCGAAGGGGAUUGGACACUUCCAUCGCUAAUGACCGCUCUGUCUUUGUAGACAGUAACUGCUUCAAUACCAAACCAGCACCUUCUAUACAGUCCUUACAGUCCACCCCUGAGGAGAUUGGUGAGAGACUGGGAACGACGGAGCAGCUGUAA